UCUUGACGUGGCGUUAUCCCAUUUCUGCUGCAAAAAUUCACACUCUAUCCACAAGUUUGAGGGCAAGAAAGCCUUCAAAUCUCAUUCAUUCCCUAAUGAAACAUUUACUCAACAGAGAUGGGAUUUCUCCUAAUUGCCUAAAAACUGAGAAAAAAGUGCAUAAUGGUUGCACUAUCAACACAAACCCAUCUUCUCAAGCCCCCAUCAAGAUUCAUUUUUUCACGUGAACCGGUAACUUCUUCCAAUCUGUGUCUCCUUCAGAAUCCAAUUUCGGAAAAUGAUUCUUUAUCAUCCAAACAGAGUUCAUUUGUUAGAGGCCAUUAUCGGAGUAGCCAAUUUCUUAGAUUAAGUAGAGCCCGUCGACUAAGAAAUAAUGCAGGAACUGUGGUUUCACCAAGUUGUGUGUUGCCACUAACUGAGAAUAAUGUUGAGAAGGUGUUGGAUGAAGUAAGGCCCGGCCUAAUGGCUGAUGGAGGGAAUGUGGUUCUGCAUGAGAUUGAUGGUCUUAUUGUAGUACUAAAGCUCCAAGGAGCUUGUGGGUCAUGUCCAAGUUCAACAAUGACGCUUAAAAUGGGGAUUGAAACUCGACUCCGGGAUAAGAUACCUGAAAUAGAAUCAGUAGAGCAGAUUCUUGACACGGAAACAGGGCUCGAGUUGAAUGAGGAAAAUGUAGAGAAGGUAAUGGAUGAACUCUCCCUAAAGGGGCAUGCUACUUUGUGGCAAGUAAAUUUGAAAUACUUUUCCCCUUUUUACGGGAGGAGAGAGAGUGCUAAGAUUCUAUCAGAGAUUAGACCUUAUUUGGGCGGCACAGGUGGUGGAGAACUGGAGCUUGUUCGUAUUGAGGAUUAUAUUAUAAAAGUUCGUCUUAGUGGACCGGCAGCUGGAGUGAUGACAGUCCGGGUGGCUCUAACUCAGAAGUUGAGAGAAAAAAUACCUGCCAUUGCAGCUGUCCAGUUGAUAGACUGAAAAUUCUAUGUAAGAAAACCGAUUAUUGCCAUAGAGUAAGUUCAAACAUUUCAUACUAUUUAUGCUUAAUGAUCUAUGAAGAUAGUAGCUGUAAGCUUGAUUAUUAAUCUCCUGUACAACAUAUUUUUGAACUUAGUUUGAAAAGUAGUUGUUAAUUAAGUUACCAAAAGAAGGUGCAUUGCCUUGAGUAAAAAGGUUAAUGUCUCAGCUUUUUUCUCAAUAUACUGAACAGAUCUGUACAAGACGAUGGAAAAACAUCUUAUGUUCGUUUUUUUCCUUUUAUCA